GUCAGACACCUCGGUAGCUCGCUUGACAAAAUAGACGAACCAAUAAAACUCUUUAGACGCGUUCGUGUAUAUUAGCCACUGUGUUUUAAACCCACUUCUGUCGUCUACAUAGUUAUCCCAUUUAAUUUAACAUUUUUACGUUGUUAUUAGUCAACUAGCUGUCUGGUUAAGUUAGCAUUAGCCUAGCUAACAUCACCGACCAUGAGUUCACUAAACUACUCUCGUCUUGCUAAAGACUGGACGGAGGAAGAAGCUUCUCCUCCAGCUACAGAAGAGGCCUGCAGCAUGGAGGAAGAAGCUCUCGUCAAAGAGGAGAAGGAAGAGGAGGCUGCUACAAUACAAAAACAAGUAGAGGGUGAGGCUGUUACAGUGAAAGAAGAAGAGAGAGACGUUACCGUGAAAGAAGAGGAAGACUCGUUCAGAGUGAAAGAGGAAGAGAAAGAGGAGGAUGUUACAGUGAAAGAAGAAGAGGAAGAGAAAGAGGAGGAUGUUACAGUGAAAGAAGAAGAGAAAGACGUUUCAGUGAAAGAAGAGGAUGUUACUGUAAAAGAAGAGGAGGAAGACGCGUUCAGAGUGAAAGAGGAAGACGAUGUUACAGUAAAAGAAGAGGAAAUUGCCGUUGUUGGAGUGAAAUUGGAGGAGGAGGAGAUGACUGUCACAUCGAAAAAGGAGGAAGAGGAGGAAACUGGAUAUCAGGGCCCGGUUCCCCAAAGCCAUCUUAAGGCAUCCAGUAUUGAUGAUGAAGUUAGCCGUGAGAUGCUUUUGAGAAACCGGGCCCUGAUUAACACUAGAGAGAGACUUGACUAUCGUGGAUCCUCUGGGGAGCCUCAGCAACAUCAUGAAGCUGACGAGGCAGAGAAGAGUCUCUCCACAUCAGAACACCUCAAGAAACACCAACGAAAACCCACAGGAAAAAAAUCUCACCACUGCUCUGACUGUGGGAAGAGUUAUUCAAGAUUAGAUUCACUAAAAGUACACCAGAGAAUUCACACAGGCGAUACAGCUCACUGCUCUGACUGUGGGAAGAGAUUCACCUCUUCAGCAGACCUAAAAAGACAUGAGAGAAUCCAUACAGGAGAGAAACCUUAUAGCUGUGAUCAAUGUGGGAAGAGAUUUACGCACUCAAGCUGCCUGAAGGUACAUCAGAGAACACACACAGGAGAGAAACCUUAUAGCUGUGAUCAAUGUGAGAAGAGAUUUGUCACAUCUAGCCGUCUGACUAUACACCAGAGAACACACACAGGAGAAAAACCUUAUAGCUGUGAGCAAUGUGGGAAAAGUUUUAAUGUUCGAAGCGGCCUGAAAACACACCAGACAACACACACAGGGGAGAAAUCUUUUAGUUGCUCUGACUGCGGGAAGACCUUUUCAAAAUUAUAUACAUUACAAUUACACCGGACAAUUCACACUGGGGAGAAACUUUAUAGCUGUAAUCAAUGUAGGAAGAGUUUUAAUCACUCAAGCUUGCUGAAGGUACAUCAGAGAACACACACAGGAGAGAAAUCUUUUAUAGCUGUGAUCAAUGUGGGAAGAGAUGUGUUACAUCUAGCAGUCUGACUAUUCACCAGCGGUCACACGAGAGAACCCUUGUAGCUGUAAUCAAUGUGGGAAGAGUUUUACUCAGCCAAACAUCCUGAUAUCACACCAGAGAACACAGGAGAAACACCUCGUAGCUGUGAUCGAUGUGGAAAGAGAGACGCUGGUAAAGUAUCUCUGAUUAAACAUCAGAGAAAAUACAUACAUGAAGGAGUUGUUUCAUGACAUCAAUACGAUAAUGUCACAAUGUAGAAUGUUUUAAUAUUGUAGUAGGAGUAUUUUAAUGAUGUUACAAUGUCGAACCCUAAACGUUUGUCUCCUGUUCCAUUGAUUUCAACAUGAUAUGGAUAUUAGCCUCAGGGGGAAAAUCCAGGCUCUGAAUUGAAAGAGUACUAUUUAUGUGAUUAACAAAAAGUGUUGCGUUACACUUAUCUCGUCGGUGAUCCACUUGAAUCAAAAUGCAACACUUCAAAAUGUAGCUAGCUAUUUUCUACAAAUUGUAACCAGUGAUGUACACAUUAUUCCCAUAUUCCGUGUGGUGUUUGAGCUGAUCGUUUUAACGGGACGUGAAACCUCAUCUCCCCCCUCUCGCGCAAUUGAUUUCAACUUGAUAUAGAAAUGAGUGAUGACAAAAAUGUGUUGCGUUUUUCUUCGUUUUGGUGACCCCUAAAUUUAAAUGCACCACUCAAAAAUGUAGCUGACUGUCUUCUGCAGGUUGUCCUCUAACCAGUGAGGUAAAAUAUAUCUCCCAUUUCCAUGUUUUUUUUUUUAUAGUUGUGUUAGUUUUAACGUACAACCUGAUUUCCCCCCAAAUCGAUAUCAGUGAUUUAUUGUUGUUAUUUUUGAUGUAAUCGUGUAACAUUUAGUAAUCAUAAUUAUUUAUGUAACCAACUGACAUUUUUUGUUUGUUUACUAACAAUGUAGUAAAACUAGCUUAUAAUUUUGGUUGGAUAUUACAUCCUAUUCAAUGUAGUAAAACUAGCUUAUAAUUUUGGUUGGAUAUUACAUCCUAUUCAAUGUAGUAAAACUAGCUUAUAAUUUUGGUUGGAUAUUACAUCCUAUUCAAUGUAGUAAAACUAGCUUAUAAUUUUGGUUGGAUAUUACAUCCUAUUCAAUGUAGUAAAACUAGCUUAUAAUUUUGGUUGGAUAUUACAUCCUAUUCAAUGUAGUAAAACUAGCUUAUAAUUUUGGUUGGAUAUUA